CUCUCUAAAAACCAUUUGUGUUUCUCAAUCUCAAAUCUACAAAUAGCGAAUAAUUAGCAAAGCAAAGAGAAGCUUUUAGAGAGAGAGGAAAAAAACCAAUUUCUUUUUCUCUUUCUCUCUUUGUUGUGUUUUUUUCUUUUUGGUUCUUUCUAUUUCUGUACUACACUUCCAACUUUACAGCUCACAACACUUACAUUUCUCUCUCUCUCUCUCACACACACACACACACACACUCUCUCUCUCUUUAUGUGUUUUGUGCUGAAAUGAGCCAAGGAUACUCACUUGUAGAUCGAAUCUAAGAUUGUUUUCACAGGGAACAUUCCUUAUCUUUUUCUGCUGCCUUAUUUGUGGUGUCAUCAACUUGUCAACUGUAUGUCCAAAGGAGGCGCAGCGCAGCUUUGUGUAUCAGAUGAUUUUUAGUAACAUUAUUAUGCUUGACCAGUGCCGAGAUGGGCAGCUUCUAUCUGAAAUUGCAGGAGCUGUUGCUUUUAAGCGUACUGUUAUUUUUCAUUGUUGUAGAAGUUGCACAAGCUCUCAGUCCUGAUGGUCAAGCACUUGUUAAUUUUAGGACCGCAAUACCAAGUUCAGACGGUGUUCUUACGCAUUGGAGACCAGAAGAUGCUGAUCCAUGUGGCUGGAAAGGCGUGAAGUGUGACCUGAAGUCUAAGAGAGUUAUAUCCUUGAUCCUCUCCAAUCACAAGCUAAGUGGACCUAUUUCAUCAGAUAUUGGGAAGCUAGACAGUUUGCAGAUUCUAGCUCUUCAUGGGAACAACCUCUAUGGGAGUAUACCCCCUGAAUUAGGAAAUUGUACAGGGCUGAAAUCUUUAUUUCUGCAGGGCAAUUAUUUAAGCGGAUCGAUCCCCGAUGAGUUGGGGAACCUUUCUAAGCUUGAGAACCUAGAUCUUUCAAGCAACUCGCUCAGCGGAAACAUCCCUGCAUCACUUGGGAAGCUGACAAAUCUUGCCUCUUUCAAUGUAUCAACUAAUUUUCUGGUUGGGCAAAUACCUAGUGAUGGGCGCCUUGCCAACUUUGGAAAUGAAUCCUUUCUCGGAAAUCGUAAAUUGUGCGGCCAUCAAGUUAAUGUGGUGUGCGAUGCCGGAGGUCCUACAUCAUUUUCUCAGCCCCCCAUUUCAGCCGAAAACCAAAAUAAGAAGAAGUAUUCUGGUCGACUACUCAUAAGUGCCUCUGCAACUGUUGGGGCACUGCUACUGGUGGCGCUGAUGUGUUUCUGGGGCUGUUUCCUCUACAAGAGACUGGGUAAAAAUGACGGCAGAGGCCUUGCAGUGGAUGUUGGUGCAGGUGCAUCCAUUGUGAUGUUUCAUGGAGAUUUGCCUUACUCUUCGAAAGAUAUCAUCAAAAAGUUGGAGGCUUUGAAUGAAGAACACAUAAUUGGUUCUGGGGGAUUUGGUACCGUUUACAAGCUUGCAAUGGACGAUGGCAAUGUGUUUGCUUUAAAAAGAAUUGUUAAGAUGAAUGAGGGAUUUGAUAGAUUUUUUGAAAGAGAGCUUGAAAUUCUCGGAAGCAUUAAACACCGUUAUCUGGUUAAUUUGCGAGGAUAUUGCAAUUCUCCAACAUCAAAGUUGUUGAUAUAUGACUUCUUAUCCGGAGGUAGCUUAGAUGAAGUUCUGCAUGAGAGAUCUGAACAACUAGACUGGGAUGCACGGUUGACUAUUAUAAUGGGAGCUGCAAAAGGGCUGGCAUAUUUACAUCAUGAUUGCUCCCCUAGAAUAAUACACCGAGACAUAAAGUCUAGUAACAUUUUGCUUGAUGGAAAUUUCGAGGCUCGGGUAUCUGAUUUUGGACUGGCCAAGUUGUUGGAGGAUGAGGAGUCUCACAUCACAACCAUUGUGGCUGGCACAUUUGGCUAUUUGGCUCCAGAGUACAUGCAGAGUGGUAGAGCUACAGAAAAGACUGAUGUUUAUAGUUUUGGAGUUCUGGUUCUUGAAGUAGUAAGUGGGAAGCGGCCCACUGAUGCAACAUUCAUUGAGAAGGGCCUCAACAUUGUUGGCUGGUUGAAUUUUCUAGCUACUGAGAGUAGACAACGGGAGAUAGUUGAUCCACAUUGUGAACGGGUACAGACGGAAAGCUUGGAUGCCCUGCUUUCAGUUGCCACACAAUGCGUCUCUUCGAAUCCUGAGGAGAGGCCCACAAUGCACAGAGUUGUACAGAUUCUUGAAUCUGAAGUCAUGACACCUUGCCCCAGUGACUUCUAUGAUUCAAACUCCGAUUGAAGGUUGUAGCUAAAAUUAGAAGAGAAUUUAAUGUGGAGUGUGUCUGCUGCGUCAUGCAACAAUACUGAAGAAUGGUACCAGCAUAGUCUGGGGAUCAAGAUCUGCAACAAUUAGCAGUCUACUCUGUUUAUUCAUUCUUUCUGCAGAUUUACCACAAGAGAAAAAGGCCUUCUCAAAACCUGAGUUGCCAGUUAGUCACUGCGGCAUUCAGUGUGCUUAGUUGUAUUUUUUUAUGUUUCAAUUAUUUUUCUCCCCUGGUUUCAAGCUUUUCUUACCCCCCCCCCCCGGUUGUAUGGGGUACCAGUGUUAUGGGUAAUCGAAUCCCUCUUUUCUUGUUGUAUCUUCCCUUUGCCUUUUUUGUAGCCUUUCUUGAAAAUUUUAUUUGUAUAUGAAAUGAUUAAAUUGAUUUGACAUCAACCUUGUGCUAGAUUGAUCUCAUCUCAUUUUGUAUAUUGUAAUUCACCAGAAUAAUUGAUAUAUGGGUUGGCUGAAAGUUAUGCUUUCUCAGUA